AUGCGUAUGUCACCGGCAUGGUACCAGUUCCUGGUCGGCGUGUUCGCCUCCGUUGGAUCUUUCCUUUACGGAUAUGAUCUUGGUGUUAUCGCAGAGGUUAUUGUCUGUCAGUCGUUCGUGGACAAAUUUGAAGCGAACUCGACGCAAAGUGGUCUAGUUGUGUCUAUGUUUACUACUGGUGCUUUCUUCGGAGCCUGUUUAGCUGGCCCUGCUGGUGAUUACCUUGGUCGUCGCCGCACCAUCUCUCUUGGAUGCCUUAUAUUCUGUCUCGGCGGUGCUCUCCAGACGGCUGCGAAGACCCUCGCGUAUCUUUACAGCGGUCGAUUCCUUGCUGGAUUUGGUGUCGGUUUCUUGACUAUGAUCAUCCCUCUUUACCAGGCUGAGAUCUGCCACCCUAAGAUUCGUGGCCGAGUGACUGCGUUGCAACAGUUCAUGCUGGGAGUCGGUGCUCUCUGUGCCUCAUGGAUCUCAUACGGCACUUAUGUCGGGUUCGACCCCAGUAACAGUGCGCAAUGGCAACUUCCCUUGGGUCUGCAAAUCCUCCCUGCCGUGGUGCUGGGCUUGUUGAUCACCUUUUUCCCUGAGUCACCCCGUUGGCUCAUCGAUCAUAAUCGCUCCGAGGAGGGCCUCAAGACAUUGGCGAAGCUGCACGCUCAUGGAGAUGAAACUGAUGCUUGGGUGCAAGCCGAAUAUGCUCAGAUUCAAGAGAGCAUCACUUUCGAGCAUGAACACGAGGCCAAAUCCUACAUUGAGCUGUUCACGAACCGAUCCUCCUUCCGUCGAUUGUUCCUCUGCUGUGCUCUUCAGGCCUCUGUCCAGAUGACCGGUGUUUCUGCAAUCCAAUACUACUCUGUUGAUAUCUAUUCGCAAAUCGGUAUCUCCGGCGCCGAUACUCUCCGAUACCAAGCUAUCAACUCGGUUAUCGCCCUCAUUGCACAAUUCCUCUGCAUUCUAUUCAUCGACCGCUUCGGUCGACGAUGGACUCUUAUCGGCGGCAACCUAGGAAAUUGUCUCACUUUCAUCGUUGCCACAAUCCUGAUGGCGAAGUUCCCUACUAGCAGCACAAACACCGGAGCCCAUUGGGGUUUCAUUAUCAUGACCUGGUUGUACAACUUCUCCUUCUCCUGCACUUGCGGUCCGCUUUCCUGGAUUAUCCCAGCUGAAGUCUUCGACACCCGUACCCGAGCCAAGGGUGUCUCCAUCGCGACGGGUAUCUCGUUCGCUUUCAACACGAUGAUCGGCCAGGUGACCCCCAUCGCCAUGGAGCAUAUCAAGUAUAAGUUCUAUUUCGUUUUCGUGGUGUGCAAUUUCACCAAUGCCCUCUUCUUCUACGCUCUGCUUCCGGAGACGAAGAAGGUGCCGCUUGAGGAGAUGAACUAUAUGUUCACCAACGCUCCCUGGUUUGUCCCGGGAAGUAGCAAGGAGGAGUACCUCACCCAUGAUCUGGAGCGCAAGGUUGAAGAGCAAGAGGUGAAGUUGCAAACUCAACAUUAUGAGUAG